AUGCUGUCGCUCGUUCUAACGGUCCUCUUUGUCCACCUCGCAAUCUAUCUGGUCAACACGAUCGGCGCGUCUACGAUCGAUAACUUGUUAUGGCUCCUCUACCUGAAGAUACCGACAUCGACCUCUCGAAAUGCACGCGAACAGCAGAAAAAGAAGCGUGAGGCCGUCCAGCUGAAGCUCGAGAUGAACAGCACCAGCUCGCAAGACGAGUUCGCGAAGUGGGCGAAGCUUCGACGACGACACGACAAGGCCAUGGAGGAGUACGAAAACAUGAACAAGAUGAUUACCGCCCAGAAAACCUCGUUCGAGUGGAGCAUCAAAAUCGCCCGCUGGCUCAGCACCAACGGCCUGAAAAUCUUCCUACAAUUCUGGUACUCGAAAACCCCAGUGUUCGCUCUCCCCGCCGGCUGGUUCCCCUACUACGUUGAAUGGGUGCUCUCGUUCCCGAGGGCACCGCUAGGCUCCGUGAGCAUCCAAGUCUGGAGCAACGUGUGCGCGACGACCAUCGGAGUUGUGGCCGAGGUUUUGGGGGCAAUGCUGGUGCAGGUUGUUGGACAGAAAAACAAUGCCAUUCCGGCUAACGGCGAUGAUAAGAAGACGCAGUGA